UAGGCCCCCAGAAGUAUUUUUCUUUUCAUAAACAAUUUUACUGGAUUUUCGUUCCAAAUGGAAAGCGCUUUUAAUAAUGUCUCAAAUACUUUUUAAUGUUGUUGCGUUCAGCUGUAAUACCCCAAUGCUGCAGAUUUGGUAGUUUUUGAAUCUACACUAAAAUUUUCAUACAAAUUUCUAAAAGAUGAUCUUAUAAUUGAUAGAACAUCAGUAUUUGUGUAAAUUCUAUGACAAAAGUUAAUACAGCAUAGUUAAAUAGACUACAUUAUUUUGGUCCUGAACGUAUGUUGUGUUGUCAAUUUAGACAUAUUAUGUCUUGUCAUUGUCACUUGUCAGUGCAAAAUUGACAUUUUUGUCUUCGACACGCACAAGCUCGCAUCAAACGUAUUGCCGCAUAGUGAGCGGUCCUUUCUUUUCGUAGUUCACUAGGCUUACGUAGAGUUAUUUUUAAACAUGUCGCCGGAAGAAACUAUAGAAAAGUUUAAGCAUUUAGGUCUAAGUGAACAAAAGGCCAAAGAAACGUUGAAAAAUGUAAACGUUACCAAGUUUUUACUCGCCGGUCUUAAUGAGGUCAACGUUGCAAGUUUGCCAGCAGGAGCAGGCAUGUUAAUCUACCACCUGGCUACUAAAAUUAAGCCUCAAAUUGCAAACCAACUGCCGUUCAUCUGUAAAUAUAUUGAAAGUGGGAAGCUCGAUUCGACGUUACGAGUGGACGCUGCUCUGGAAUAUCUUCUUAGUCACAUUAGUGAGGCUAGCAUUGAUAAUGCCGCAUUUGAAAAGGCCUGUGGGGUAGGAGUGGUGGUCACCCCAGAACAGGUGGAGCAGGCUGUUGAGAAACAUAUGGCCAAAUAUAAAGAGGAGCUAAUUCAGAAAAGAUACCGGUUCAAUUCUGGCAUUGUGAUGCAAGCCGUGAGAGCUGACUUGCCAUGGGCAGAUGGUAAAGCUAUUAAGAAUGAAGUUGAUGUUCAGAUUUUGGAUUUACUUGGACCUAAAACUGAAGCUGAUUUGGCACCUGCCCCUAAACCAGAGAAGAAAGCCAAAGGGUCUGAGACAGGAAAGAAGCAGGUCAAAGAUGCUAAAGCAGCUGCCAAACCAGAAAAAUCUGAAGCUGCUGGAGACUCUGUUGGGGCAGUUUCCAUCCAUGAGCUGAUGAAAAAGCUCCCCUUCCAUGCGCCGGGUGAAAACUAUAAGUCUGAUGGCUAUGUUGUGACUCCAGAUACUAAGAGACUACUUCAAGAGCAUCUGAAAAUUACUGGAGGGAAAGUUAGAACUAGGUUCCCCCCAGAGCCUAAUGGAAUUCUACAUAUUGGCCACGCUAAGGCUAUUAAUAUUAAUUUUGGGUAUGCUGCAGCUCAUGACGGAGUAUGUUUCUUGAGGUAUGAUGAUACCAAUCCGGAAAAAGAGGAGGAAAAAUUCUUUGUAGGAAUCAAGGAUAUGGUUGAGUGGCUUGGUUACAAACCAUAUAAAAUCACCCAUUCAUCAGACAACUUUGACCAGCUGUAUGAGUGGGCGGUGCAGUUAAUUAAGAAGGAUUUGGCCUAUGUGUGCCACCAAAAGUCUGAAGAGAUCAAAGGCUUCAAUCCUCCACCUUCACCAUAUAGAAAUAGGCCCAUUGGAGAGAGUUUACAACUCUUUGAAGACAUGAAGAACGGCAAAAUCGACGAAGGCGAAGCUACACUGAGAAUGAAGAUUACCCUGGAGGAGGGCAAGCAGGACCCCGUGGCGUACAGAAUAAAGUUCAAGCCGCACCACCGUACCGGCAGCAAGUGGUGCAUUUACCCCACCUACGAUUACACCCACUGUCUUUGCGACAGUAUCGAGCACAUCACACAUUCUCUUUGCACUAAAGAGUUCCAGUCCCGGAGAUCAUCGUACUAUUGGCUGUGCAACGCGCUGGGCAUCUACUGUCCUGUGCAGUGGGAGUACGGGCGGCUGAACGUGAACUACACCGUCGUGUCCAAGCGGAAGAUAGCCAAGCUUAUUGACGAAGGAAUUGUUAACGACUGGGAUGACCCGCGCCUGUACACGCUGACGGCGCUGCGGCGGCGCGGCGUGCCGGCGGCGGCGAUCAACAGCUUCUGCGCCGGCCUCGGCGUCACCGGCGCGCUCGGCGCCGUCGACCCCGCCGUGCUCGACGCCGCCGUCCGCGACGCGCUCAACGUGUCCGCGCCCAGGUACUGUACAUCAACAGCUUCUGCGCCGGCCUCGGCGUCACCGGCGCGCUCGGCGCCGUCGACCCCGCCGUGCUCGACGCCGCCGUCCGCGACGCGCUCAACGUGUCCGCGCCCAGGUACUGUACAUCAACAGCUUCUGCGCCGGCCUCGGCGUCACCGGCGCGCUCGGCGCCGUCGACCCCGCCGUGCUCGACGCCGCCGUCCGCGACGCGCUCAACGUGUCCGCGCCCAGGUACUGUACAUCAACAGCUUCUGCGCCGGCCUCGGCGUCACCGGCGCGCUCGGCGCCGUCGACCCCGCCGUGCUCGACGCCGCCGUCCGCGACGCGCUCAACGUGUCCGCGCCCAGGUACUGUACAUCAACAGCUUCUGCGCCGGCCUCGGCGUCACCGGCGCGCUCGGCGCCGUCGACCCCGCCGUGCUCGACGCCGCCGUCCGCGACGCGCUCAACGUGUCCGCGCCCAGGUACUGUACAUCAACAGCUUCUGCGCCGGCCUCGGCGUCACCGGCGCGCUCGGCGCCGUCGACCCCGCCGUGCUCGACGCCGCCGUCCGCGACGCGCUCAACGUGUCCGCGCCCAGGUACUGUACAUCAACAGCUUCUGCGCCGGCCUCGGCGUCACCGGCGCGCUCGGCGCCGUCGACCCCGCCGUGCUCGACGCCGCCGUCCGCGACGCGCUCAACGUGUCCGCGCCCAGGUACUGUACAUCAACAGCUUCUGCGCCGGCCUCGGCGUCACCGGCGCGCUCGGCGCCGUCGACCCCGCCGUGCUCGACGCCGCCGUCCGCGACGCGCUCAACGUGUCCGCGCCCAGGUACUGUACAUCAACAGCUUCUGCGCCGGCCUCGGCGUCACCGGCGCGCUCGGCGCCGUCGACCCCGCCGUGCUCGACGCCGCCGUCCGCGACGCGCUCAACGUGUCCGCGCCCAGGUACUGUACAUCAACAGCUUCUGCGCCGGCCUCGGCGUCACCGGCGCGCUCGGCGCCGUCGACCCCGCCGUGCUCGACGCCGCCGUCCGCGACGCGCUCAACGUGUCCGCGCCCAGGUACUGUACAUCAACAGCUUCUGCGCCGGCCUCGGCGUCACCGGCGCGCUCGGCGCCGUCGACCCCGCCGUGCUCGACGCCGCCGUCCGCGACGCGCUCAACGUGUCCGCGCCCAGGUACUGUACAUCAACAGCUUCUGCGCCGGCCUCGGCGUCACCGGCGCGCUCGGCGCCGUCGACCCCGCCGUGCUCGACGCCGCCGUCCGCGACGCGCUCAACGUGUCCGCGCCCAGGUACUGUACAUCAACAGCUUCUGCGCCGGCCUCGGCGUCACCGGCGCGCUCGGCGCCGUCGACCCCGCCGUGCUCGACGCCGCCGUCCGCGACGCGCUCAACGUGUCCGCGCCCAGGUACUGUACAUCAACAGCUUCUGCGCCGGCCUCGGCGUCACCGGCGCGCUCGGCGCCGUCGACCCCGCCGUGCUCGACGCCGCCGUCCGCGACGCGCUCAACGUGUCCGCGCCCAGGUACUGUACAUCAACAGCUUCUGCGCCGGCCUCGGCGUCACCGGCGCGCUCGGCGCCGUCGACCCCGCCGUGCUCGACGCCGCCGUCCGCGACGCGCUCAACGUGUCCGCGCCCAGGUACUGUACAUCAACAGCUUCUGCGCCGGCCUCGGCGUCACCGGCGCGCUCGGCGCCGUCGACCCCGCCGUGCUCGACGCCGCCGUCCGCGACGCGCUCAACGUGUCCGCGCCCAGGUACUGUACAUCAACAGCUUCUGCGCCGGCCUCGGCGUCACCGGCGCGCUCGGCGCCGUCGACCCCGCCGUGCUCGACGCCGCCGUCCGCGACGCGCUCAACGUGUCCGCGCCCAGAGUGAUGGUCGUAUUGGAUCCGCUGAAGAUUACCAUCACCAAUUUCCCGAGCGACAAGCCCGUAUCCGUGUCCGUGCCGAACUUCCCGAACGAGCCCGAGAAGGGCUCCCACAAGGUCGUGUUCAACCGGGUCAUAUA